AUGUCUGCUCUCGCUGAUAUCGGAUUGAUUGGUUUGGCCGUUAUGGGCCAGAACCUUAUUAUGAACAUCGCUGACCAUGGUUACGAUGUGGUCGCCUACAACCGUACUACCGCCAAGGUUGACCAUUUCCUCGCGAACGAGGCCAAGGGCUACAAGAACAUCCACGGUGCUCACUCCAUCAAGGAGCUCGCCGACAAGCUCAAGAAGCCCCGCCGUGUUAUCAUGUUGGUCAAGGCCGGUGAUGCUGUCGACAACUUCAUCAACCAGUUGCUCGAGCACUUUGAGCCUGGUGACAUCAUCAUCGACGGUGGUAACUCCAAUUACGUCGACUCUAACCGUCGUUACGAAGAGCUCAAGCAGAAGGGUUUGCUCUUCGUAGGCUCCGGUGUCUCCGGUGGUGAGGAGGGUGCCCGCUACGGUCCCUCCCUUAUGCCUGGUGGUGAUGAGCGUGCCUGGCCUCACAUCAAGGGCAUCUUCCAGGAUAUUGCUGCUAAGGCUGACACCGGUGAGCCCUGCUGCGACUGGGUCGGCCCCGCUGGUUCUGGCCACUUUGUCAAGAUGGUCCACAACGGUAUUGAGUACGGUGACAUGCAGAUCAUUUGCGAGGCUUAUGAUCUCAUGCGUCGGGUCCUCGAUAUGUCCGACAGCGAGAUGUCUGACGUUUUUGCCAAGUGGAACAAGGGUGUUUUGGACUCUUUCCUUAUCGAAAUCACUCGCGACGUGCUCAAGUACAAUGACGCUGACGGCAAGCCCAUGGUUGAGAAGAUCAUGGACCGUGCUGGUCAGAAGGGUACCGGUAAGUGGACUGCCAUGAACGCUUUGGACAUUGGUAUCCCCCUCACUCUCAUUGGUGAGGCUGUCUUUGCCCGCUGCCUUUCCUCCAUGAAGGAAGAGCGUGUCGCUGCUUCCAAGGUUCUCAGGGGCCCCUCUGGCGCCAACGUUAAGGUUCACAAGGAGAAAUUCCUCAGUGCCCUCGAAAGCGCUUUGUACGCCUCUAAGAUCAUCUCUUACGUCCAGGGCUUCCAGCUCUUCAACGAGGCUGCCCGUGAGUUCAACUGGGAGCUCAACAACGCCGGCAUUGCUCUUAUGUGGCGUGGUGGUUGCAUCAUCCGCUCCGUCUUCCUGAAGAACAUCACUAACGCUUUCCGUCAGAACCCCAAGCUGGACUCUUUGCUGUUCGACCAGUUCUUCAUUGAUGCUAUCCACAAGGCUGAUCAAGGCUGGCGCGAGACUAACGUCACCGCUUUCCAGGCUGGUGUCCCUAUCCCCUGCUUCUCCUCUGCCCUUAGUUGGUACGAUGGAUACCGCUCUGCCAAGGUUCCCGCUAACCUGAUCCAGGCCCAGCGUGACUACUUCGGUGCUCACACCUUCCGUGUCUUGCCCGAGUAUGCUAGCGAUACUUUGCCUGAAGGUAAGGAUAUCCACAUCAACUGGACCGGUAAGGGUGGUAACGUUUCGUCUUCUACCUACAACGCUUAA